GGCAGGCGGGUGGGAAAUUCAACCUGUCACCGAUAUUCUUUGGGAAAAGUGACAUGAAUAAACGGAAGAAGUCUUGCCCUGUAGCUACAAAAGAGGAUGGUGCAUUACCUGUUGUAAAGAAGGUGAAAAAGAAAUGUUUGCAGCCUGGUGAGGAGCAAGCCGUAGACACAGUAGAAACGGAAUGCAAGACUGUGACAGAAGAGAAAGAGUCAGAAGAUAUUACAAUAAAACCAGCCGAGGAUGAAAGACUAGCAAACAGAAGUUAUAAUGUUGACCGUACAGAGCAUAGAACAAAUAUGAUUCUACAAGAGGUAGAGGAAAAGGGAUGCAGAGCAAAUGGAUCACAGGAUGGAGACAAUUUCUUGUUUCCACUUUCUCAGAAUUCGGUGGGAAAAUAUGUUCCUGUCUUUGCAAAGCCAAAAAGUCGACUUUCCUGCAGUAAUUCUGUGAAACCUGAUGUGGAGAAUACAGCCAAAGAGAGCUUAAACGACAGUAAAGUGGAUGUCGACAAUAGUCCCCAGAACAUGGAUCUUGGAAGUUCAGGAUUUUACCUGCCUGCUGCCAAACACCAAAUGCAGAUAUCGCAGCAACCACCAGAGCAGACCGCCUGUACCAUAAUAUCAAGCCAAUUAAACCCAAAAGGGCCAGGGAAAGAGCAGCAGGAUACUGAGACAGAUGAUGAUUGUGUGAAACAGAGGAGCAAUGGUGAUGUUUUGCUCUCAGACACUCAGAUAGGGACACAGUUUGUAGAUCAUGAGACGAAGGAAUUGGCCUGUCACUCAGACCAACAAAAUCCUUACACUCAUGAAGAAAAGAAUAAAAAGAACAAACUGAACCACCAUCCGGUUGAAAUGGAUGUGUUGUGCAGCACUCCGAUCCCAAUAGCUCACAGCACACCUUAUGAAUCGCUGCCAACUCAGUCAGACUCUAAACCACAGAACUCAGGUACAUGUUUGUCUGAUGAACUUCUGCACCAUUGCCUUUACCAGAAAAAAACUGAUGUUGUGCCAGUCAGCCACAACGAAUUGACCCUUUGCCAGGAUGUGAAAAGGGAGUGCACUAUAGCAAUCGAUAAGGAGGUCUCUGAGAAUGAGGAAGGAUGUGUUCUUGUAUCUGAGACGUUAAAGAACUCUGGUUAUGAAGAAAGGACUCGUAAUCUUCCGGUGGUCUGUGAAAUGCUAAAUGGAAGUGAAGCUAACAGACAAGAGUUGGCUGUCCAAAUGAACUUGAUUGCAAGUACACCAGCACAGAAUGAUCUGAAAGGUGCCACUUGUUUACCGUCCACUGACGCCUUGUCUUCCAAUUCACUCCACCAGUCAUUUGACACUAAUGUUGUAAUUCAGUUGGAGAAUACCUUUAAUUCACAAACUGAUGUGAUAGAUAGAUAUAAAAAUGUAAAUGAGGAAUUGCAAGAGCCGCUAGGCUCUGUGACCAGAUUAAGCAUUGCAAUGGGAAAUGCUGUCCAGCAAAACAUAGAUGAUGACUGGUCUGACAUAAAUGGGCCUUGUAGUUCUGGCACCAAAGUGACCAUCAGCACAAUCCUCCACAAAGACUCAGAUGACCAUCAAGUUAAACCUCAGCUGCAGCCCAGUCAAAGAUUUAUGCAAGAUAAAACAGCGGACAUUAAGAUUCUACCUGUGCACCAAGACAAAACGGAGACUGAAAGUCAGAAAAUUACCCAGAAUGUUUGUAAAAGUUUUCAUAGUCAUGAUAUUAAUAUGGAGCAGUGCAAUUCUGUGAAUUGUAAUAAUCCUGGUGAGGAGACAAAGCAGCUGGACCAAGAGAAAUUAAAUAAUAGUUACAGCAACAGCCUGAUAACAGCUGAUUCAACUGCCCAGAGUGCUGCUGGGCUGGAAGAACGCGAACAAGCCAGUUGUUGUUUCCGAGAGCAUUGGGGUUUUUAA